AUGUCUUACGAGUACGUCAUCCCAGAGCCUUCUGCUGAUGCUCUUUCGCGCAUCAACCCUGAAGAUGAAGAUAUUGAAAUCAUCAAGACUUACAACACUUCUGCAGACGCAGCAACCUCCAAGGUGAAAGAGAAGCUUGACUUGCUUGAAAAUGUCAUCCUGAACGUUGCCAUAACGGGCAAUACGGGCGCUGGAAAAUCCACUUACGUCAAUGCUGUCCGAGGGGUGCCUGAUGAUGAUGAGGGUUCAGCACCGACUGGGGUGACGGAGACGACCAUGGAACCCCUUAUGUACCCCCACCCCACCAUGGCCAAUGUACGAAUCUGGGACCUGCCAGGUAUCGGAAGCCCAAAGUUUAAGGCGAAGCAGUACCUCAAGGACGUCAAAUUCAAAACCUUUGACUUCUUCAUCAUUAUCACCUCUGAGAGAUUUAAGGAGAAUGAUAUCAUGCUGGCUAAAGAGAUUAUGAGGAAGAAGAAGCUGUUCUAUUUUGUGCGUUCGAAGAUUGACAAUGAUAUCCGCGCCGAGAUGAAGAAAAAGAACUUCAGCCAAGAGGAGGUUCUCAGCAAAAUCAGGGAGGACUGCACAAAGAAUCUGAAGAAAGUGGGAGCCCCUAAAGUGUUCCUAGUAUCCUCCUGCGACCUCGGCAGUUACGAUUUCCAACUCCUGAUUGACACUCUUGAGGAAGAGCUCCCAAUGCACAAGAGACUGGCACUGCUUCAGUCCCUUCCUGUUUGUUCAGUGGCCAUGAUUGACAAGAAGACCAAGGCCCUGCAGAGGCUAAUCUGGCUAAUAGCAUUUAGCUCCAGCACCAUUGCAAUGGCCCCAGUACCAGGCUUGUCAUUCGCAUGUAAUCUUGGAAUAAUGAUAGCCUUCUUCCAAAGAUGCUUCGACGCCUUUGGCUUGGAUGACAGGUCACUCAAAAUCCUUUCCGGAAGAGUGGACAAGUCCACUGAAGAGGUCAAGCAGCCGAUGAAAUCACGCUUCAAAGAGGGAGUUGACAGGAAAGUUGUGAUGAAGUUUUUCACCACUGCCGAAAUGGGAGCAGCGAUAACUAUUGCGUAUGUUCUCAGCACCAUACCCGUCGUCGGCACUCUGGCUACAGGAGGAGUCUCCUUUGGCACAAUCUUUUAUCUACUCAAUAAGGGCCUUAAUGAGAUGGCAGAGGAUGCCAAACUAGUGCUGUUAGGUGCAGGCCUUGAAGCAUCAGAGCAAGAGAAGGAGGACAGAGAUAAAGACACCAAGGAGCCGGAACCUGAGAAGGAGCCAUAG